AUGUUUACCAAAGUAUUGCCUCUCCUUGCUUUUCUAUUUUCUCUCUGUCAAGAGACGUCAUCAUCUCAGAUUUCUGGCAGCUAUAAAAGAAGUGAAUCUUUGAAUCCACAGCGUCUGGACCACGGAAAGUGUAAUCAGUUAAAAGGACGAUGGUAUCUGCUUAUGGACACAAGGAGCGCUGACGUCAGAGACAACACCUAUGGAGAUUUUGAGGUUCUUCAUAAUGGGAGUUUGGUAAACACACUAUAUCGCUGGUUUCCAAAUUCAAAAGAAUGUCGUACCACAGCACUGAUGUUUGUUCCUUUGGAUUCCGAUUUGUUUCCAACCGAAGCAGUGAAGUUUGAAGUUAUUCGGAUGUCCACAAAAGAAAAACUAGGUACACAGACAAUUUUGUACGUUAAUGAUGAUCCUGUCAAUGGAUUUGUGAUAAUGCAUCAGCAAACCCACAUAGAUACAUACCUAAUCACAACAAGAAUAAAGGGUCCCAAAAACCUAGAUGACAAAAUCAGAGCCGCUCUGUCAGGUCUUAACCUGAAUUCUCAGUCCAUUAAAAAGAAAUCAACAAAU